GUUGGAACUGGUUAGAACUGUUAAACUGGUUGGAGUUGUUUUGUGGCAGUGAUGGACAGACCGAGGUAUUUCACACCGGCGGAAGUGGCUGCUCAUAACGUCGGUGAGGACCUGUGGGUGUCGUUUUUGGGGAAAGUCUGGAACCUGACCCCCCUGAUUGACCUCUACAAAGGGGACGCUCUCCUGCUGCCCAUCAUGGAAUGUGCCGGAAAGGACAUCAGCUAUUGGUUCGACCCAGAAACGCAAGACAUCCGGAUGCACAUCGAUCCAAUCAGCAACUGUUUGAGGUACUGCACCCCCAGGGGGCGCUUCGUUCACGUGCCUCCAGUCGGGCCUCGCACUGACUGGAAUUGUGAUUUUGGACUCCCCUGGUGGAAGGACAAACGCUACCAGGUUGGGGUGCUGUCGUCCAAAACCAGGUGGAUCCGGAUCGUCAACACGCUGGUGUCUCAGGAGCAGCAGCUAGAGGUGUGUUCAGAGGAGACGCUGGCAGACAUCUUCCAGCUGUACCUGCGCUACAACGCGCAUGCUGCCAGCUACACCUGGAAGUACAAUGGAGUGCAGCUGGACAUGAGUCGGACGCUGAGCCAGAAUGGUAUCCAUGACGAGGAGGAGGAGUUGGACCAUGACCUCUUCACGCCUGCCAUUCUCCUCUACUUCAACGAUGACCUCUCUGAAGCUUGACCUCAAU